UGGCUAUUUUACGAAUGUAUUAAACUGAAACAGAUCUGGGAACUUAUUGAAACCCAGUGUAAACGUUGACAAGUUUGACAACUUUUGUCAUCUUGUCAGCAUUUCAAAACUCGUAAAAAUUGUAUGUAAAUUAUGAACAUUCAAAGCAUUUUAAAGUUAAAACCAAUACUGAAACCUUACGAACUAAGAUACAAUUCAAGCACGAGCAAAUUCCAAAAAUCAGUCCAAGUAUGCAUUUUGGGGGCCAGUACCCGUUUGGGAACUUACACAAGUUUUUUAAUGAAGCAAAAUCCACUGGUAUCCAGCUUACACUUGCAAGGGUGCUUUCCGAUUGAAAAAAUCGGGAAAGAUUUGAAUUAUUUCGAUACAAGAUGUCAUGUUAAUACUUAUGCUGGCUUGGAAAAAGGCGUAUCGAAAGCAAUUAAGAGUGCUGACAUUGUCUUAAUUCUUCCAUGUGAAGAAACGAAAUCAAAUGUUACCAUCGGAGAACAAAUAAUGGCCGAAGGAAGGCGCGUAUACAACAUUGCAGCACAAUGUACAGUUUUCGCACCUAGGGCCAUUUUAGUUGUGGCCGUACCUCCUGUAUCAGUAACCAUGCCCCUUGUAUCUGAAGUAUUCAAAAAAACUAACUUUUACCAUCCUGGAAGGAUUAUUGGUUCUGCAGCUUUUGCACAGAUGAAAUCUAAUACGCUCCUUGGAAGAUUCCAAGACUUAGACCCUCAAAACUGCUAUGCUCCUAUCGUCGGAGGACCCGACAUUGAAUUGGCUGUUCCUCUGUAUAGUAUGGCAAAGCCCGUAGAAGUUUUUGGAAAAGAUGGACCACGAACUCUUACUGCUCAGUUCAGAGGAGUGAAAAAGGAUGAUCUUCCCAAAAGCUUUGGAGUACCCAAUCAAAAUAUCCACUGUGAAUUAGCUGAGAGUUACGCUCUUAAUCAGUUAAUAUCUGCAAUUGCUUUGGGGUUAUGUGGAGAUCAGUUAUCUGCGGCUAACGUAUUUAUUAGAAGUAAUAUACUUCCAACGUGCAAGUAUAUGGUUAGUACCGUCCGUUUUUCUAGAGGUGGAGCUGUACACAACUUCGGGAUCCCACAUCUUUCCAGAUUCGAACUAGAACUACUCGAAAAAGCAGCUUUGGAAUUAGCUCAGAGGGAGCAAAUGGCUCUGGACUAUCAGGAAUAUCUUGAAAACCACGGCAAAAAUUGUGAACCACCACCGUUUAGUAUCAAAGAAAAACAGGAUAAAGACUUGUUAAAACAGAAAGUAAUUCGAUAAUAUUUUAAUAAAUUUGUAAAAUAAACACGUAACACUUUUUAUUUA